AGGAGGGGAAAAUGCAAUAAAGAGGUUGGGGAAAUCCACCCUCCUCCUCCUCCCUCUCUCUGCCGGAGCAUCCUGGGCAAAGAGAACAGCUGGUGGAGGGCGGCUGGUGCUUGCCUCUCUGGAGCACUGCUCUUCCAGCAUCGGAGGCAGCAUCUCAGAUAAAUGAACAGUUUCUUGCAAUGAGAGCUUUGAAGAUGUGAUCCGGAUAUAAAGGAAAGAGACGUUUCCCUCUGCAACCAAAGAGAACUCUGUUUAUCUACCCAAAUCAGUGCUGUUUGGGUAGUUGUUUAACACAAUGGCAAAACCAUAUGAAUUUAACUGGCAGAAGCCAGUUCCGUCCUUUCUGCAAGAUGGAGCUGUUUUUGACAGAUUUGAAGAAGAGUCUUCUGUCUUUGAACCAAGCUGCCUCUUUAAAGUGGAUGAGUUUGGCUUUUUUCUAACAUGGAAAAGUGAAGGAAAGGAAGGGCAAGUUUUAGAAUGCUCCCUAAUCAACAGUAUUCGUUUUGGAGCAGUACCAAAGGAUCCAAAGAUACUAGGUGCUCUUGAAACUGUUGGCAAAGCAGAAAAUGAACUGGAAGGACGAAUAGUGUGUGUCUGUAGUGGCACUGAUUUGGUGAAUAUCAACUUCACAUAUAUGGUCGCAGAAAGUACUGAAGAUGCUAAGCAAUGGGUCGAAGGACUCAGAUCGAUCAUACGUAAUUUUAGAGCAAACAAUGUCUGUCCCAUGACAUGCCUCAAGAAACACUGGAUGAAACUGGCAUUUCUAACUAACACGAAUGGCAAGAUUCCAGUUAGAAGCAUUACCAGAACUUUUGCAUCAGGGAAAACUGAAAAGGUUAUCUUUCAGGCACUUAAGGAACUGGGUUUCCCCAGUGGAAAGAAUGAUGAAAUAGAGCCUUCAGCUUUUACUUAUGAGAAGUUUUAUGAGCUAACUCAGAAGAUAUGUCCUCGUACUGAUAUAGAGGAUCUUUUUAGAAAAAUCAAUGGAGACAAAACUGAUUAUUUAACGGUAGACCAAUUAGUGAGCUUUCUAAAUGAACAUCAACGCGAUCCUCGGCUGAAUGAAAUUUUAUUUCCAUUCUAUGAUCCCAAAAGAGCAAUGCAGAUAAUUGAAACAUAUGAGCCAGAUGAAGAUUUAAAGAACAAAGGUCUCAUGUCAAGUGAUGGAUUUUGCCGAUACUUGAUGUCCGAUGAGAAUGCACCUGUCUUCCUUGACCGCUUAGAACUAUACCAAGAAAUGGAACAGCCUUUGGCUCACUACUUCAUUAGCUCCUCCCACAACACAUAUUUGACAGGAAGACAGUUUGGUGGGAAGUCAUCUGUGGAGAUGUACAGACAAGUCCUCUUAGCUGGAUGCAGAUGUGUUGAACUUGAUUGCUGGGAUGGGAAAGGUGAAGACCAAGAACCAAUAAUAACACAUGGGAAAGCUAUGUGUACAGACAUUCUGUUCAAGGACGUGAUUCAAGCCAUUAAGGAAACAGCGUUUGUAACAUCUGACUAUCCUGUCAUCCUGUCAUUUGAAAAUCAUUGCAGCAAAUAUCAACAGUACAAAAUGUCAAAGUAUUGUGAAGAUAUUUUUGGAGACCUUCUGCUGAAACAACCACUGGAAUCACAUCCACUUGAAGCAGGAAGACCCUUGCCUUCCCCAAAUGACCUUAAGAGAAAGAUUCUUAUAAAAAACAAGAGGUUGAAACCUGAAGUGGAGAAAAAACAGCUUGAAACUUUGAAAAGUAUGAUGGAAGCUGGUGAAACUGCUGCUCCUGUCAGCAUCUUAGAAGAUGAUAAUGAAGAAGAGAUAGAAAGUGCUGACCAGGAAGAGGAAGCUCAUCCAGAGUACAAAUUUGGAAGUGAACUCUCUGCAGAUGACUUGAGCCAAAAAGAAUCUGUAGCCAACAAUGUGAAAAAGAUUCCAUCUAACCAAGUUGGGAGUUGUCCAUUUAGCACGGCUGUGGACGAUUCUGAACAAGAAAACAAUAAAAAGGGUGUGAUAACUGCAGAAGAUGAGCAAGCAUGGAUGGCUUCUUACAAAUAUGUAGGUGCCACAACUAAUAUACAUCCAUACUUAUCAGCGUUGAUCAACUAUGCCCAACCUGUAAAAUUUCAAGGUUUCCAUGUAGCGGAAGAACGCAACAUUCACUACAAUAUGUCAUCUUUUAAUGAGUCUGUUGGUCUAGGUUAUUUGAAAACACAUGCAAUUGAGUUUGUGAACUAUAAUAAACGUCAAAUGAGUCGGAUUUACCCAAAGGGAGGCAGAGUGGAUUCCAGCAAUUACAUGCCUCAAAUUUUCUGGAACGCUGGAUGCCAGAUGGUCUCACUCAACUAUCAGACUCCAGAUUUAGCAAUGCAGUUGAAUCAGGGAAAAUUUGAAUAUAAUGGGUCAUGCGGGUUUCUUCUUAAACCAGAUUUUAUGAGGCGACCCGAUCGGACAUUUGACCCUUUCUCAGAAACUCCUGUAGAUGGUGUAAUUGCAGCAACUUGUUCAGUACAGGUAAUAUCUGGCCAGUUCUUAUCAGACAAAAAAAUUGGUACUUAUGUAGAAGUGGAUAUGUAUGGCCUUCCCACCGACACGAUACGUAAAGAAUUCCGAACACGGAUGGUGAUGAACAAUGGUUUGAAUCCUGUUUACAAUGAAGAAUCAUUUGUAUUCCGAAAGGUUAUUCUACCAGAUCUUGCAGUCUUGAGGAUAGCUGUUUACGAUGACAACAACAGACUGAUUGGCCAAAGGAUAUUACCUCUAGAUGGUCUUCAGGCAGGUUACAGACACAUUUCCCUUCGAAAUGAAGGCAACAAACCAUUAUCUCUGCCAACAAUCUUCUGCAACAUUGUACUGAAAACAUAUGUGCCUGAUGGGUUUGGAGACAUUGUGGAUGCCUUGUCAGAUCCAAAGAAAUUUUUAUCUGUCAUGGAGAAAAGAGCAGACCAGAUGAGAGCUAUGGGGAUUGAAACAAGUGAUAUAGCUGAUGUUCCAAAUGACACAACAAAGAAUGAUAAGAAAGGCAAAGCUAAUAAUCCCAAAACAAACGUUACUCCUCAGACUAGCUCUGAACUUAGACCAAACGCCACAUCUAGUGUGGGACCUGGAAUGGAAAUCAAGAAAGGUAUAGACCUUAUUCCUCAGAUAAAGAUAGAGGACUUGAAGCAAAUGAAGGCAUAUAUAAAGCAUUUGAAAAAGCAGCAAAAAGAGCUGAAUGCUUUGAAGAAGAGACAUGUAAAGGAACACAGUGUCAUGCAAAAGUUGCACUGCACACAAGUUGACAAAAUGGUAGCGCAGUAUGACAAAGAGAAGUUAGCUUAUGAGAAAAUCCUUGAAAAAGCAAUCAAGAAAAAAGGAGGAAAUAAUUGCCUUGAGGUGAAAAAAGAAAUAGAGAAUAAAAUACAAAUACUAACAUCAGAUCACAAAUCUAAGGUAAAAGAAAUUGUGGCACAACACACAAAAGAGUGGUCAGAGAUGAUCAACACGCACAGUGCUGAAGAGCAAGAAAUGCGUGAUUUACAUUUGAGCCAGCAGUGUGAGUUACUAAAGAAGCUGCUAAUUAACGCGCAUGAACAGCAGACCCAGCAACUAAAGCUUUCCCAUGACAGGGAAAGCAAAGAUAUGCGUGCCAACCAAGCAAAAAUUUCAAUGGAAAACAGUAAAGCCAUAAGCCAGGACAAAUCUAUCAAAAACAAAGCUGAAAGAGAAAGGCGCGUCAGGGAACUGAAUAGCAGCAACACAAAGAAGUUUUUGGAGGAGAGAAAGCGGCUGGCAAUGAAACAGUCAAAGGAAAUGGAUCAGCUGAAGAAAGUUCAACUUGAGCAUCUAGAAAUUCUGGAGAAGCAAAAUGAGCAGCUUUUGAAAUCCUGUCAUGCAGUCUCUCAAAUUCAAGGGCCAAAACUACCCACCAAUUCCAUAAAUGCAGAUUGCCAUGCCUUCAUUUGCCAAGGCAAAGGAGAUGCAGCAGAUGGUGAAGCUAGAAGCAGAGAUGGACCGCAGGCCAGCAACAGUGGUGUAAAGCUAUAACAGGCAAAUUGAUGUCUGGUUUUUAUUUUUAUUUUUGUAUUUUUAAAGCGAACUCACUGAGGAUUGGAAAGCCGUCUCUCUUUUGCUUAGUGUCCAGCAUAGCUGCAAAUCACUGACAAAGAACUUAGAAUAUUUUUUGUAACAUUUGAAGUACUGUAUUUUAUUUUGCUUUGUUUUUGCCAUGGUUUUAAAAAAGACAGUGAAGAGGAAGAGGAGGAGGAGGAGGAGAUUUUGUUUCAAAAUCAUACCCAGUUUAGGGGAAAAAAUCACUUCCCUUUCAAAACAAGGUGGCUGGCUUUAUCCCGAUUUCAGGCACAAUCCCAUUCUAACACAGCAACAUUCUGUAUGUUCUUGAGUAGUUUGCACUUGUUCCUUCCAAACUUGUAUUUGGCAUUUUAUAUUACACUUUGCCUUGGCUUUUGAGAGCCAGUCAGUUUUUCUGUGGUUUCCCAGAACCAUUGGGCAGCCUGGCACAGGAGCCUUUGAUGAGAGACACAUGAUCUUUUCAUCCCCCCACCCCCACCCCCCACCACUAGUAGUUUCUAAUAAAUUUAAUACCAUCCAUUCCUGUCUUUUAAAGAGGAAAUCAACUUUGGCCUGUCUUUUUGGAGGGUUUUUUUUUUUUUUUUACCAUGAGGACAUCUUUGCAGAUUUGUUUAAAAUGCAACAAAUAGGGCCUGUAACAAAUUGUUGCAGUGUGGAGUGUUUUCUGUUCAUAAUUCCAGCCACUGCACUCCAUUCCCUUCCAUAUUUCCAAACAGUUGUCUGCCCUUCCCUAACAUAUUAUUCUGUAUUUCAUUACUAUUGGGUACGCUCAGUCUUCAUUGCACUGUUUUGCCUGAUGGUUCCCCCCAUUUUAUUUUGUUGGUUGAUGUGACAGUCCCCCUCUCCAGACUGACCCCGCAGUCCAAAUAUUUGGACUCCUGUCACUCACCUUGCCCUUCCCUCCACUCUCCUUGGAUCCGGUACUUGGGUCUCAAGAUGACCCCUAUGUGGACCAGUGGAUGUGUUCUGUGGAUUCACUGUGGUAUGAUCAUACUCCCUAUCAAAAUAGCCAGACACAGUUGUAAAAAAAAAAACAAAUAAAUCAGCAAGUAGAUUUUUAUUAAUAAACAAUUAGAACAUACUCAUCCCUGCACUAUUAGUCAUUCACAGAUUCCUCAAAACCCUGUUCAGUUGUUCCCCCUGGCUUUCUGGCAUCACUUUCUUAAAACUUUUCCCCAUUUCUCUGUCAUCGUUUUCCAUCUCUCUGCAAUUCUUUUCCUGUCUCGAGGCAAGGCUUACUUUUCUAUCUUUUAUCUCCCGUAGGCCCCUUCACAGCAUUCUCUGUGCUGUGACUGGCUGACACCAACCAGGUGGUGGUUGUUUUCCUAAAGAUGUUUUUGUACUUCUGCAAAGACUGAGUUCCCCUCAGGCCUGCUGAUGCCUCCAUUUUGUGCAUGGAUAGUGCCAUUUUGGCUACUUCUGGGCUGGCACAUGAAGCACUGAGAAUGCAAUUAGUAUAUGCAAUGUCGGGAAACCAUCACCUGUAAAAUCAGUCGCAAGCAUGAGGUAUAAAAGCUGUGCAAGUUAUUACAUCAUUCAGAAAACACUGUCAGCAUGAGCUGUAUCAGUUUCUCUGGACUAAAACUGACAUUUUGCAUAAUGCUGCUGAAAGGGUUGCCGAGCGGCAAAAGAUUGUCCCUGUGCCAAAUCUACUUAGUCUGGUUAAAAUAAAGAAAGAAAUGAAGAAUUGUGUUUUGGGCACUUUAGCAAAUGUUUACAUACUAUUUAAUGUUUCAUUUUGAUCCACUUGUUACCAGUUCCAAAUACUACAGCUCAUUGUAACUGAAAAUUUGUUUAAUAGCUGUUGUGGGGAGGGAGGGAGGGAGUUUGUAACUGUGAAAAUGUAAAAUAUUUAUACACAUGCAAUCACAAUAUUGUAGAAAAUCACAUUUCUGUAGCAACAGCGACAACGAUAUUCAACAAAAUUCUAGUUGCAUGUGGUACAAACACAAAUUUUGACUUCGUUGAAUACUGUAUGACCGCACAGCCAUUCUCUUGCUGGCAAAUAAAUACAAAGUCAAUGUAUUAUACAAAAUAUUUGAUGAAUUAACAAAACAUAAGUAACUAUAUAUAUGUAUAAUGUGUAUAUGAAAUAUGUGGGCAUUCUUACUACAAGUUCUAGUUGAAAAGGAAAAUGUGUUAAUUUAAUUUUACACAAUAUAUUUAUGCAGAUUUUCAAACUUUCAUAUCAGGAAUAACCCUUUUUAUGUCUUGUUAGAUAACCAGUCAAUUUGCUACAGUAUUAAUGUGCAUGUUCUCAAGGCCUGCUGUAGUUAACAAUGCAGAAUCAUGCAUGCCAGCCUUUUACUUGGAGUUGUAAAGGAGACUGUAGAAAGCUGGUAGUUUAGAGCAAAUCAAACAACUGACUACAAUAAAAUUCAGUGCCGAUCACCUUGUUGUAUAUGCUUGUACAAAACUGAUUCUACAUAUUCCUAUAAAUGACAUUAAAUAAAGAGAUGACUAUGUAGCAGUUCCAAGAGAUGACUCUUCAGAUUUCCAAAUAAAGCAAACCAACAGACAAAUUGACAACUUGGCCCUAAGGUUGAAAUUAUUUGAUUUCUGUUAUUGUAAACUUUGUUGUUGUUCUUGUUAACUGCCUUUGUGUCAAUCUCCACCCACAGCGACCCUAUGGGUGAGACUUCUCCAGGGCCUCCCUGUCCUCUACUGCUUUGCCCAGUUCCUGCAAACUCAUAUUUGUGGUCCCUUUAAUAAACUCCAUACAUCUAGCACAUGCGGCCUUCCUCUCUUUCUACUUCUCUCCACCUUUCCUAACAUUU